AUGGGUGUCAAGAGGAAUUCUUCGACAAUCGACGAAAGCGCCACAGGCUCUCCAAAAACUAAAGCACAGAAGACCUCUACUGGACCCAUUGAUACUUCCCUGCCAAAUAACAAAGUAUUUCCAGAAAACUUUGAUUUUCCCGAAAAACCCGAGGGCACUAUCAAGAUCUCCUCUUAUAACGUCGCAAGUUUGAAUGCAAGCAUCAAAAAAGGAUUCAACAAAUAUGUUGAUGCCGAAGAUGCAGAUAUCUUGUGCUUGCAGGAGACCAAAGUAAACUCCCCUGUGUCCACUGCUGUCAACGACAAGGUCUAUAAGUAUCGUUAUUGGUCAUAUGAAGACAAAAAAGGCUACGGAGGAACUGCAAUUUUCUCAAAGUACAAGCCUCUGUCUGUUACAUACGGACUUCCUGGAUAUGAGGACAAGUCUCGUGGACGUGUUAUCACAGCAUCGUUCCCUUCAUUUGUUAUUAUAGCAUGCUAUGUACUUAAUGCAGGCGACAAACUUAAGUCUCUAGACGAACGCCGAGUUUUCAACUCUUACAUGGAAAAGCAUAUCAGGGCAUUGCAAAAAGACAAUAAAUCUGUCAUCUGGUGUGGUGAUUUGAAUGUUGCUCACACAGCCGACGAUCUUGCGCGCCCAAAGACUAAUGAAAGAUCUGCUGGUUUCACAAUUGAGGAGCGUACCGACUUUUCAAAAGUAUUGGCUCCUUCCAGCGAUAAUAUUCCUGGGCUUAUUGAUACCUGGCGCCAUUUACAUCCCGAUACAAAGGGUCAUUAUACUUAUUACUCGUAUCGAUUUGCAUGCCGCGACAAGUUGCUAGGCUGGCGUCUUGAUUACUUUGUUAUCACACCUGAUCUGCUUGACAAGGUGGUUUCCUGUGAUAUUCGCCAUGAAGCAUGGGGCGCAAGUGAUCAUGUUCCUCUUGUACUUGUUUUAAAAGAUGUGAAAAUGACAGAAUAAGUUAUUUAUAUUAUCUUUCUCUUUCUCUUUCCUUCUUGUAUUCUUUGUAAUUUUUCUAUGCAUGCAUCAAUAAAUCAUAGAUCCUUUUUUAAUU